AUGAUAAAAACGAAUUCCAACGGUGAGUUUUUGCUUAACCCCGAGAACGUCAACGUGGUGCAUCCUCUGGAUAUACAAUCAACAAUCAAUACACUUCUCGUUCGGAUGCUCAGGUCAAUGCUCACAUAUGAGUGUUGGUCCCAAAACAGAUGCAGUACGCCUAUAGCUUUCGUAAAUGCCGAACAUCCUUGUGAUGUCCCAGCAAGCCAUAUUAGGACACUGGAAUACGGCAGAAAAGUGGGAGAAGCCAUAAUCCCCAGGGAAUAUAGAUUUGUUCCGGAACCAUUUUAUCAACCAGUUUUCAUCCCACAAAGAUCGACCACCCCACUGCCUCUCAACGAUCCUGAAUCCGAAGACGAUAUGGCUGCCUUGUUUAUUCAACAGAAAGGUGGUCAUUUUGAGACGAAACAGAGAAUAAUACCUCGUAUUCCUGAACUAGGUCCAAUUCCUAUCAUAUAUUCAGUUGUACAAAGUAACGAGAACAAAACUCUUGUUGACAACGCGUCUCUACCAACAAAGGACACUUGUAACAUGAGUUUCUGGGAACUUUUGGUUCGAGAAAUGAACGAAGCAUCGCCGCAACUUCACCCUUGUCUGGAUCCUUCUAAUUACACGGAUUAUGGCGAAGCAAAACCAAAAAUUCGGAAAUCUACUAAGAAACGAAUUGGCUUGAAGCGUGGAUUAAAUUAUGGGCAGAAAAGAUGCAAAACAGCUACGGUCGAAGUGAACAGUGAAGAGCAGGAAACGGUGUCGAAUGUGUUUCAUGACAGGAACGUUGAUGAACAGUUCCGAAUGAUGUAUACACACAACUCCGAGCACCAGAUCACCAAUACCACGGAGUACAGUUCUCAAACGAGCAUGCAUCUCAAUUCCAUGAUGUUCAAGUCGCCGCUCCUUCAGCCACCUGCAUCAUAUUACUGCGUUCCUGGAUUUGUCAUGCCUACAGAAUACACACGUUUAAACGUGAGAUUUUUCGGGAAAGCUCGUCGUUGGAUGAAAGUUAGUGAAAAAUCCGUCUGGGUUCCAAAGAUAAUGUCAACCCAACGACUGUGCGAGUUCAUAUUCAGUGUGCACUUCCGAAAACUUGGAGCUGUCAGAUCUGAGAUGGAGCUUGUUCUUGACUUGAGAUGCGUUCGUCAUGGUGCGAUGGUUGUUUUCGGUAACGAAAAAUACUCUUGCCUUCAUCCAGAAGGAAUGAAUGAAAACGAAGUUCACAGCCAGAGUGCAUUACUUUUGUUGGAGGAUUCUGCUGGCACAAUUUUAUCACAUCAUUCCGGCUCUGGUUCAAGCCCAGCUCCAUUUCGUUUGGAAGCAACGCAUAACAGGUACCUUCACCGUCUUUGUGACGGCUUGAUUACGAUCCACACGGUCGCAACAGGUCUUCUUGACGCCACAUGA